AUGUCUGAUGAACAACAUGCGACACUGCGAACAGUAUUCGACACGCUGGGGAUGAAGGAAAAAGCAGUUGCUCCAGUGCCGCAUUCUGAAAAAGCUGCCACGCCUCCGAAUUUAAUACAAAACACUGAAUUCCCUUCAUUUUCCGCUCCUCAUCCAGGCCACAAUAUCUUCACGGGGAGCUCCGGUGUCGGUUUCUCCAACCGGUCGCAUGACCUUCAUUUCGAAGGCUAUGAGACAGGUAUAUCCGAAGAUAGCCCGGACUCCAUUUUGAACGCCUGGGAUUUCGAUUUAGGCGUUGGUGGAUAUAAUCCACCUAUUACAUCGAACCUCCAGCACAUCAUAGACUCUUCGCCACAAGAUGGUCUCGGUGUACGACCGGAGGAGCAAAUUCCUAGUCAGCUAUCCUCUACCGGUCUCUCUCGUAGCAAUGAUGCUUCCACUCCUCUUGAAAAACCAACGAGGUCACCCGACAUUGAGGGCCUAGUCGAUGAGAUAUCAGACUGUGUUGGUACCUUAAAAAUUGGACCUGGAGGAUCGACGCGUUUCUAUGGCCCAACGUCCACAUUUAAUUUGAAAGACAUGCAGCUUUCUGACAGCGAUGAGAGUGAGCGCAAGAUCACUACUUUCAGUUCUGAAUCAAAUGACGAGAUACCUGCAUCAUUGGAAGCCCAUCUUCUUGGCCUCUACUUUAGCUGGCAAGAUCCCACAUUCCACGUUGUUGAUCGACACAUUUACGAAGAAGCACAGAUUAAAUGGAACAAUAUGGAAGACACACCUUUCUACUCAGAAGCGCUACGGAACGCGAUGUGUGCACUUGGCAGCGCUUUUGAAUCCCGAUAUCAUCCGACGUUUGUCACAUUUCCAAAAACACUCGUCGAGUUCUUCGGUGAUCGUGCAAAAUCGCUACUCGAGAUUGAACUGGACAGACCUUGCGUGGCGACAGUUCAAGCACUAGUCAUUCUCAGCAACCAUGAGAUAGGAAACGGAAAGGAUGCCCGAGGCUGGCUUUACAGAAUGGCACUACGGCUUGCAUUUGAUCUUGCUCUGCACCUCGAUAUGUCGAGCUACGUAUCUCAAGGGUCAAUAUCGGUCGCCAAUGCGGAUAUUCGCCGCAACGUCUUCUGGACUGCAUAUAUUGUUGAUCACCAGUUAGGAUUCCAUCUAGGGAGACCUUUUCGCACUAGCAUGGAGGAUGUGACGGUUGGUAAGCCCCGGCAAAUUACAGGCCUCAGGGGACAUUGUCAAUGGGUGCCCUACGAUUCAUCGACGCUUUUCGGACCAGAUUCUGGCUUGCUGGACAAUAAAGAAGCUAUUGGUCAGCAGCUAGUCUCUCUCUGUGAGCUAAUGGCACCGUGUGGAUACAUACUAUAUGGUACAUCAAAGAUCUCGAAAGACGUCCUGCAGGAGCUGAACGCAAAGAUUGUCUCCGAGCUUCGCAAGUGGAAAGCCAAGCUUCCACCUACAUUACAGAUCAAUCUUGGCGAUUUCACAACGCCAUAUCUUCCGCAUGUGCUACUUCUCCACAUGCAAUACCACCAAAACAUAAUCUACGCCCACCGACCCUGGAUGUCCAAAAGCCACCUCCAGCCCCAACCCCCAAAAGGCCCCGGCUACACGCACGCCCGCGAAAUGUGCAUCCAAUCCGCCAUCGCCAUAUCCAAAAUCCUCACAAUGUACGAAACUCGCUACACGCUCCGGCUUAUCAACGUCAAAGCCGUCUCCGUAACCUCCUCCGCCAUCCUGCUCCUUCUCUUCGCCGCAGUAUCAAACCACUCGACCAAGUCAAACGAAGAUAUCUCGUUCCACCUGAACACGUGCUUCAGGGCCCUGGAUGAGUUUUCCCUUUCGUGGAAAAGUGCUCAGCGAGCGAAAGAUCUGCUUAUCAGCUUGCAGCGGCAGUGGGAGCUUCGGACAAGAUCACAAACGGAUACAGUCGCUUGGCGGGCUGAUGCGGCUUUGGCUUUGUUUACGCCCAGGAAACGAUCGAAGGGAGAGGGGGAUCUGGGUGCGUUAAGGGGACAGGAUGAGCAGAUGGAGGUGGAUUUUGAUUGUAUGCUUGGCGGGAUGGAGAAGGAUGCUUUUUCGAGCAAGUAUUGUUCAGAUUUUUUUGAGUUGAUUUCCAAUCCUGGUUGA